UGGAUAACAUCGUUGAAAGCGCCCCACUAAAUCCAUGCUCAUAAAUGAAAGGAAGUUUGAGGGUGUAAUGGAGAUUUCUAUCCUAAAAGCUUUCAAUUCGCCUAGUAUGUUUAAAAUGAGAAGAAAGUGCCACUGCCGGCUGCCUCUGUGCACCAGGUGCUCAAUAAUCAAGAUAGUGCCUCACAACAAGAUGAUCUUUGGGACAUAUGAGAGGGAAAUAUGGUGCUGCCAUGUCACCGGAGACCUCCAUUCUCAUGGCGCACCAAUUGAUAUGGUUACAAUGAGAUUGAACAAGCAGCCCUAUGAGCAUGGAGCGAAGAGGAACCAUGGUACACCAUAUGCCCACCUUAUUGGAAAGAGGGCUCCACUGGAAAUUCUGAUGUGUAUGCAGGUAAGAUGACCUUCCAGGUUUGUAAGUGGCUUGUAAGUUGUGCUUUGAGCAAGAAGAGCAGUGAAUAGCUAUAUGUAGUGUGUAGAAUAGUAGACGAUGGAUGAUUGGAUUGCAUUGCUGUGUAUGUUGGUCUUACUGAGCUCAAGAAUGUAUUUUUCUUUUUAUGACAUUUUGCAGUCACACCUUAAUGUAUGAAUAUUGCUUUCUAUUUUGUUUCCUUUUACUAAACUCAUUUUAUUU